UAAAUUUGCUACGCAAAAUCUAAACACGUAGAAAAACGUCAAAACAUAGGGAAAAAGCAGCACUCGAAAAUUUUAGACUCUUUUUCACGGAAUAAACAAAAUUUUUUGUGAAAUUAGAAAUUCCUUUUCAGACCUGUUCCUUUUUGUUACUAAAAAGCGCAAGCUUAUGAUAUAAUAAUGUCGCGUACGUUAACUCGUUUUCUCGGCCACUUUGGUCGCACAAGUUUAGUGGCCGGUGCACACAUGAAAACAUUGAACAGUCACAAUAGCAGCCAGGGUGUGAGGCUGCUCUGCAUCGAGCCAAUGCAGGUAAUGGCUGUUGUCUGCUAUUCAAAACGCAAUGGCCCGCCCUCGGAUGCGGGCCAGCCUUUCAAGACUGUGAACAAGUCCCGUGGCGUCGAUGAUGACGAUCUCAACAGUCUCGAGGCCGAACUCAAUUGGGAGCUGACGUCUAAGCACAAUCGCUUCUAUUUGCCCAAUUCUACUGGUCCGGCCUGGCAGGGAGAUACCUCCACAGUGGGACUGAUGGAGCCGCUCUCAAAACUAGUUAAUUUCUUUCAAGAGUCCAACGAGGACAAGACAAGACUUGAAUUUAGCUGCUGCCAAUGUCCUAUGCUGAUUCGGGAAUCGCUCCUUGAACUGUUUCCGGUGCGUGCGGUCAACCAGAGGGACGCGAACAUUACACUGAUCACCCUGAGCUAUGAGGGCGACAUUGAGCUUGGAGCGACUAAGUUUGUGUUGGCCGCUCGUGACAUAAGCGAUCGAUUGUUAUCGCUGGGGUACUGGUCGGACUUCAUAAACCCCUUCAGUGGACGUCCCUACUAUGUGCCCAGGGAUGGGUCAAAGCUUUACAAACAGGACUACCGCUUCCGCGGCAUCAACAUGCGCUUGUCAAUGCACAACGAUUGCCUUGUCAUUGCCGCCGAGGACGAUGUAAAUACCUGCUUCUCAGGCACUGUCUACACCACGGCGCCAGGUAAUCGGGAUUUACUUUUGGAGCUUCUCCUGCCCAGCGAGUUGCAAAUCGAUAUUGACAAAGUGUUCGAAUGAUGACUGGCAAAAAUUUGCGACAACAUAGUGAAAAUUGCAAUAAACUGGAUUGGAAUGUCGGACAUUGCCGUAGCCUUUAAGCUGUUUAAUAAUAACCGUGUUCAAGCUCUGAGGUCCUCGGCUGAAUCUGUAUAUACGUAUGUACAUACAUAUAUAUAUGUAUAUACACCUAUUAUUGAAAACUUGAAGCGGGCGCGCUUCAGACACAAAACACACGCGUACAUAAAACUGUUAAAUAUAAUUCUACGAAAUACAUAUAUGUAAAACA